UGCAGGUAUUAAAUAAAAUAUGCUGUUGUCAAUAGGAAUGCUGAUGUUGUCUGCUACUCAGAUAUACACCAUUUUGACUGUUCAGUUAUUUGCUUUCUUGAAUCUUUUACCUGUGGAGGCAGAUAUUUUAGCAUAUAACCUUGAAAAUGGCACACAGACCUUUGAUGAUCUACCUGCUAGAUUUGGCUACAGGCUGCCAGCAGAAGGCUUGAAGGGAUUCCUAAUAAAUUCAAAACCAGAGAAUGCGUGUGAGCCUAUAGCCCCACCUCCGCUGAAGGACAACUCGUCCAGUGCUUUUAUUGUGUUAAUUCGAAGGCUUGAGUGCAACUUUGAUAUCAAGGUUUUAAACGCACAGAGAGCUGGAUACAAGGCAGCUAUAGUUCACAAUGUUGAUUCCGACGACCUCAUAAGCAUGGGAUCCAACGACAUUGAGGUUUUAAAGAAGAUUGACAUUCCUUCUGUCUUUAUUGGUGAGACUUCAGCUAAUUCUCUUAAAGAAGAAUUCACCUAUGAAAAGGGUGGCCAUGUUGUGUUAAUCCCAGAGUUCAGUCUUCCUUUGGAGUACUACUUAAUCCCUUUCCUAAUAAUAGUAGGAAUCUGUCUUAUUCUCAUAGUCAUAUUUAUGAUCACAAAAUUCGUGCAAGACAGACACAGAGCAAGAAGGAAUCGGCUUAGGAAGGAUCAACUUAAGAAACUUCCUGUACAUAAAUUUAAGAAAGGAGAUGAAUACGACGUAUGUGCCAUUUGUCUGGAUGAGUAUGAGGAUGGAGACAAGCUCAGAAUCCUUCCAUGUUCUCAUGCGUAUCACUGCAAGUGUGUGGACCCCUGGCUGACCAAAACAAAAAAAACGUGUCCUGUAUGUAAGCAGAAAGUGGUCCCUUCUCAGGGGGACUCCGACUCUGAAACAGACAGUAGCCAAGAAGAGAACGAAGUAUCUGAAAAUACUCCCUUGCUUAGACCGCUAGCCUCAGUUAGCACCCAGUCGUUCGGGGCUUUGUCAGAAUCCCAUUCCCAUCAGAACAUGACCGAGUCCUCGGAAUACGAGGAGGAUGACAAUGACAACAUUGAUAGCAGUGACGCAGAAAAUGGAAUGAACGAAGAAAGUGUAGUGGUUCAACUGCAGCCCAAUGAUGAAAGGGAGUACAGAGUGGCAAAUACCGUUUGAGACUACUAAUGGCGAGUAGCGUGUGAACAAAAGGGUUCUUAAGGCUACACUUCACAAACCUGUACGUAGGGAAUAUAUUUUAAUCUGUAAUCCAUUUGGUUUCUCCAGUAGGAGCAGCAGUUCAUGUAGUAGUACUAUGGUUAAAUCAUUACCGAUAGGUUUAUUUUUGAUUCAGAUACUCAGUCACGCAUUCUGUCUUUUCAAAAUAAACAGUUUAACUGGACU